AUGGGGCACAGUCACAGUAGCUACAGAGACGUUGGUUCAAAACCACAGCGUUCUGAAAACAACGAUGGCACAAAGGUUGAGGAGGAUGAAUAUUUUGAAGGAAUUGGGAGGCUGACUACCUGGCCAAAAAGCGCCGAGCAGAGGGCCGAGUGCGAAGCUCAUCAGGUCCGCGAGGCCAAGAGAGCCAGACAGCAGGCCAAAAGAGCCCAGAAGCAGGCCGAAUACGAAGCGCGCGAGGCCGAACGAUAUAGGGACCAGGUCAAGAAUGAGGCCUACGAGGCUGAGCAAAAAGCCCUUUACGAGGCGGGAUUCAGAAGGUUUUUUCAGGCCUACGCAGCCUAUUACGAAGCCUACCAAAGGGCUUUUGAGGCCUUUGGGGCGCUUAAAGAAUUCGAGGGCUCGGAUGACUGGCCAUAUGCGGGAAAUGGAAGCUUGGCGGAUACGAUGGAUGAUAUCUAUGACUGUAAUGAACACUACAUAGCCUGUCUGAGACGCAGAUGGAAUGAGGUUCAUUCAGAUUGA